AUGUCGUCUGCCAUGGCUCAGCUUCGCUGCUCCUCCUUUUCUGCCGUCAACUACUCCCCCUCUCCCCGCCAUCUCCUCCUCCCUCCCAAAUUCCCUUCCAUUCCUCAAAACCCUCCUCCUCCCUCCAUUAUCUCACUACCUAAUUUCCACCGACCCGACCUCGUCCCUUUCGCUGCCGGCGGUGGCGGCGGCGGCGGCGGAAGCGGGGGUUACUCUUCAGGAGGUGGUGGCGGUGGAGAUUCCGGUGGUGGUGGUGAUGAUGAUCAUCACCCCAAGGAUCACGGUUCUGAUUCAUCCGACGGCGGAUUCGGCCCCAUUGGGGCUUUUCUGCAAGGGUGGAGAUCAAGAGUCGCCGUAGAUCCACAGUUUCCGUUCAAGGUUCUGAUGGAAGAGUUAGUCGGGGUCACCGCCUGUGUGCUGGGCGACAUGGCCUCCCGUCCUAAUUUCGGACUCAACGAGCUCGACUUCGUCUUCUCAACCCUUGUUGUCGGAUGCAUUCUUAAUUUCACCCUGAUGUACCUCCUAGCCCCCACCUCCGCCGCCGGGGCCGCCGCCUCUGCCACCCUCCCUUCCAUCUUCACUGGCUGUCCCCCAGGCCAUAUGUUCGAGCCCGGUUCGUAUGGACUCGUGCCCCGUCUCGGCACCUUCGUCUACAAAGGCGUUGUCUUUGCCGCUGUGGGUUUUGCCGCCGGCCUCGUCGGAACCGCCCUAUCCAAUGGGUUGAUUGCCAUGAGGAAGAAGAUGGAUCCCAAUUUCGAGACUCCUAAUAAGCCUCCUCCCACCUUGCUUAACGCCUCCACAUGGGCCCUACACAUGGGAAUUAGCAGCAACCUGAGAUACCAAUCGCUCAACGGAUUGGAGUUUUUACUCGAGAAGGUGCUCCCUCAAAUGGUGUUCAAGACAUCCGUGGUUGGUUUGCGAUGCAUGAAUAAUGUGUUAGGAGGCAUGUCUUUUGUUAUGCUGGCUAGGCUGACCGGUUCCCAGGCCGCCGCCGCUGCGCCGCCGGCUGCUACUGACUUGGCGGUGGCAGAACAAGAUCCACUUUUAGUUGGUAAGGAGGAAGCUGCUGAUGAGAAACACAAUUUGGUUGACCAUGGUGGGGAAGCUGCUGAAUCUGAACUCAAGUGA